CGGGCACUGGAAAGCAGGGGGACGCGUCCCGGGAACCGUGACCACCUCGUUGUCAGGCAAUCGUGCCUCGGUUGCGGCUGGGUGGGCUGGGGGUGGGGGGGCAAAGUGCUGCAACCUGCUCUAUAAGUCCGGGAACGCGAGGCCUUUUCAAAUAAUAAGGGCGCUCAUUCUCCGGCUUCCCUGGCCUAGGAUUCUUCCCAUACCAACUUCGUUCAAAGCAUUUAUCCUUUGGGGAGCGGGUAGCGAACCAGCCUCGGGGUGGAAAUGGAAAAGGUGUAAUGUAUUUCUGACGGGCUCCCGGGCCGCAUUCAUUCCCUCCCUGCUGAAGGUUCACGCUGAAUGGUAAUCACUCUAUAGUGUGAUUUUUUUUCCCGAUUUAAAAAAAAAAAGUGUUUUCAGAGCAUCACUUUAAAGGAAAAUCUUGUUUCCUGUUCAUGAACCUUGAAAUCCCUGGUAGUAAGAACAGUUGAAAGCCACAGGAGAGCUGCUCAGGUUUCCAGAUAACCCAGCGCCGGGCUAUGGGCGUUGUGAACAGGGCAGGAAUUUACUGAGGCUUUCUGCCAGCCCGUCUGCUGGGACUUCUUCAUGUCACCUGAGGGGCCCAGGAAACAGAAUUCGGCUCUCCCGCCACAGGGUGGGAACCGGUCUCUUUGUAAUUGAAAGAACCCAUCCUUAGGUAAAAAGAUGUCAAAUCAUUCCUCAGUCCAGACGGAAUUCAGCAUCCAAAGGGUUACGCGCGACUGCUGGGUUCCGGAGGAGGAGAGGGCGCCUCGGCACUCCCAGUAAUUCAAUUAGUCAGGUUUCUGGAAGGUGGUGCCGAGGAGGGGGUAGGAGGCGUGAGGAAGGGAGGAGAUUAGGAAAACGCCUCUUUCUCGUGGAGCAAACCAAUCCGGUUGCAGUAAAGAGAGAGGAAAAAAAUCCCGAUCCGUAAGCAAACAGCAGGCCGUUCCCUGACUGGCUGCUCCUGGCACCCCCCCACACCCUCUUCCCAAGUAAACUGCACCGGCGGGGGUGGUGGUGGGGGCCGGGAGCAGCCCACAUGACCCGGGCUGAGGCGGCGGCAGUGCUGGGCUCGGGCUGGCGGCGCCUCCCCCUGCUCCGUCCAGAGCUCACACCCGGCACUCGAGUUGCCUGCCAGCCCCGCGCCCUGCGUUACACGCCCCUACACCCGCCGUGCCGCCCACGUUCACGCGCGCAGCCUCGCGCUCUCGCGCGGCUGCAGCUGCUGGGUUGCCGCUGCUGUCGGCUUUACACGCAGGUCAUUAGCGAGGGGGCGUGCCCGAGGAGAUUUUUCCCAUAAAGCAUUUUUUCUGUCUCUCUUUUUUUUUUUUUUUUUCCUCUUUUGCAAAACUGACUUUUACCCUUUUCCACUUCUCGCCAGUCGUUUCAAUCCCUCCCCGGGCUGCUCGUGCUGCUGCUGCUGCUGCACUCAAGUUUAUUUUCCCUCCUGGUAGGGGUUUUAGGAUUCGGUUGAUUUUCACCUCUUGUUGCUGCUGUGCCCAAGGAGGGAAAGGGAAGCAGCUGCGGGAGCCCGAUCGGCAAGGUUUUCUGAUGUAGUCAUCUGGGAGGUGCCACUCUCUCGUGCGCUCUCUCUCUCUCUCUCUCUUUUUUCUCUCUCCAUUUCAAACUGAUUGAUGCGUCUCUACAAGUUGCUGGGCUUGGGGCCGGACCCGUUGGAGUCGCAGGGACACUUCUGAGAGCUCACCCGGGGCUCUUGGCACUGCUUCUGGGGGCGCAGUCUUGCUCCUGGAAGGCGAUCGGAGACUGACAUCAGCCCAUCAGGAGUUGGACGGAUUCAUUUGAAAGUGAUUGUUUCCCCUCCCGCUCUCCAGCGGAGCUGUUGGGUUGGCGUCGUCCUGCAGGUUUGGGCAUCCCAGCUCCACCUGGCUGUCUGGUUCGUAACCUCUGCUCUUCAUUCACUCUGGUGCACCCACACCCUCCGCGUAGAAAAGCACGCUCGAGAAAUCCCCGAGGCUCCGCCAGCGCCUGCGGUGUUGUCUCCCGCCGCUGCCGCCGCCGCAGUCCGACUCCGCCGGGGAACCUGCCGGAAGACGCGAAGAGCCAAACUUUUCUUUGAGGUUGGUGAGGCAAGACCGCUCCUCGCCAGCUUAGUCGCCGCUUAACCAGUCCCAGAACGCCGGCGGGGUUGGGUUUGUGGCUCCAGAUCCCCACCCUUCUCGGUUCAGCGCCCCGACUCCGCAGCACGUACGACUCGCUCCGAGAUUUCCAGGGGUUGCCCAGCGAAGGCACAGAAGAGGCGGUGGAAGAGGCUUUUCAGACUCCUGGGGCCACAGGCGCGAAGCCCCCCGUCCACACGGAGCCAUCCUCCCGCAGUUUCCCACCGGCCGCCAAAGUAACUUGGAGCGAAGCGGGGCGCACUGCGAGGGCGCUGGGCGGCGGCGGAGCCGUGCGCAGCUCGCGGCGCCGACGCUGAGCGGGGCCCGGCGGGCCAGUGUAUGUCUCCCCGCGGCCGCGGCGCGCAACACCCGGUGACUGUGCAGCGUGCGCCGCCGCCUGCCCCGACUCGCGCUGCUGCCGCCCGCCCCGGCGCACACCUACUUCUCCCCGGGCGUGAUGUUGCACGUGGAGAUGUUGACGCUGAUGUUUCUGGUGCUCUGGAUGUGUGUAUUCAGCCAGGACCCGGGCUCCAAGGCCGUCGCCGACCGCUACGCCGUCUACUGGAACAGCAGCAACCCCAGGCUGGCCAGCAUCCCGAUACCAGCGCAGGGCUUGGGCACCGUGAGCUCCGGAUGCACACCGCCAGGAGCUCUCCGCCUGCAGCGUGGGCGCGCAGAUUCCAGAGGGGUGACUACCAUAUUGACGUCUGCAUCAACGACUACCUGGAUGUCUUCUGCCCUCACUAUGAGGACUCGGUCCCGGAAGACAAGACCGAGCGUUAUGUCCUGUACAUGGUGAACUUUGAUGGCUACAGUGCCUGCGACCAUACUUCCAAAGGGUUCAAGAGGUGGGAAUGUAACCGGCCUCACUCUCCAAAUGGACCGCUGAAGUUCUCAGAAAAAUUCCAGCUCUUCACACCCUUUUCUCUAGGAUUUGAAUUCAGGCCAGGCCGGGAAUAUUUCUACAUCUCCUCUGCAAUCCCAGACAACGGAAGAAGGUCAUGUCUGAAGCUCAAAGUCUUUGUGAGACCCACAAAUAGCUGUAUGAAAACUAUAGGUGUUCAUGAUCGUGUUUUCGAUGUUAACGACAAAGUAGAAAAUUCAUUAGAACCAGCAGAUGACACCGUACAUGAGUCAGCCGAGCCAUCCCGCGGCGAGAACGCGGCACAAACACCAAGGAUACCCAGCCGCCUUUUGGCGAUCCUACUGUUCCUCCUGGCGAUGCUUUUGACAUUAUAGCACAGCCUCCUCCCAUCACCUGUCACAGCAAACAUCAGGGUCUUGGAACACCAGAGAUCCACCUAAACUGCUCAUACUAAGAAGGGACUUGUGAUUGGUUUUUUGGCAGAUGUCAGAUUUUUUUGUUUUCUUUCUUUCAGCCUGAAUUCUAAGCAACAACUUGGGGCCAAGGUGGGAGGCUAAAGUAGUUGCUGCCUCCCUCCCCUCACCCCACCCCCAGCCCUUGCCCUUGACGUUUCUCACCCCUUCCAAAUUAAAUGGACUCCAGAUGAAAAUGCCGAGUUGUCGUAGUGACACCCGUGGUCAUCAGCUCCUGUGCUUUCUCCUCUAAGCGCUCACCUCCAUUAGCGCACUGUGUCAGAGGCAGCCGGUGACAUCGAGGCCCGGGAGGGUUCUACUCUGCCAUGCAAUAUCGAUGCCUUCUCGUUCAGGUCUGUAAGGGCAUCAUGUCACCAUGUGAGGUCCAGAGGGGAGGUAUUAAGAACGGAUAUAAUAUUACACCAUUUCCUCUAGGAGUAUAUAAAUGAACAGGCUUCUGAAAGGUUCAGACACUUUUUUUUUUUUUUUUUUUUAGGAUGACUGUUUUAAAGCAUUCUUGACAGCAAAAUGUGUGCUCCGUCAAAGAAGCCUUUUUUUCUAGGAGGUGGGUAGGGUGCUGGAAUGCUAGCACAGAGCAAGUGUGAAAUCAAAGAAAAUUAAGUUUGGUGGGGGUGUGUACGUAUGAGUGCCUCUAAUAUUUUUUGGUGACUGGACAGUGUACACCAGAUUUGUUUUCCUUUGGAUAUAGAUCACCGUGGUGCUACAACUAUUUUUUUUUUUUAAGAAACUCAAAGAGGCAUUUUUAUGAAUAAAGUGACCUUCCCCAAGGCUGACAAGCCAGGGUUGAUGAGUACAUAAUUGAAUAGCUUUGGAUAUCCUCUGGGGCACAGCAUGUACCAAGGUGAAGAGGUCAGUGGCCAGAGGAGAUGUGGUUUGGCUUUGCUGGAGUGCCAGUGUGCUGUGGCCUUUCCCCGACUCCCACCCUAGGACCCACGUUUUGCUCCACACUCCACGACUCCAGGGGCUCGGACACAAAGCCCUGUCACCCGGAGAGUCAGUCAGCACUACUUGGGAGGGCUAAAGGGAAAUUUGGAAUAAAAAUUCCAAAGUUUGGAAUAAAAAAAAAAAAUGCAACUGUUGAUUUUAUAUUCUUUCCCUUUCUGACACAGCCUGAAGCAUAGGGGGAACAUGUGUUUAUAAGUGGGAGAUAACCAAGAUGGAGUCCCAAAGACUUUAACAAAAUAUUUUUUUAAAAAAAUCCACUAGAAUAGAAAAUACAUUAUUUAGAUAUACUUUAUGCUGAGAGUGAGUAUAUAUGCUUGUCCUAUUUAAACUUGUGAGAAAAAGUGGUAUCCCUUGAUACAUUUAGAAAUAUGGGGGGUUAUCUUGUUUCAUUGUGGGGGUGGGGCGGGAGGAGAAGAAUGCAGGAUGACCCUGGUUAAAGAAUCUUAGCAUGGCCACCAAGGGAUGUUUCUGGUUGGCUGGUUACCAGGAAAUGGAAGCCUAAGCCUUGGGGGUUUCUACUAGUGAGGCUGUCAUGAACUUUGAACUCCAAAGCCUAGACAGGGAAAAGUGUCAGACCAAUGGAAAAGAAAUCUUGCCUUUUUUGCUAUUGCACACCAUAGCAAUAGAAACCAUGCCUUUCAAAACAAACAAAAAUAAUAAUGCAAUGAUCAUGUAAGAUGUGAAAAACUGGAGGGGUUCCAGCAAAAUAAGGGUUUGUUUCGUUUUUUUUUUUUUAAAUACAUUUAAAAAAUUGUAUAUGUAAAACAAAGGGGGUCAUAUUAUGGACAGGUUUCAUGUAUGGACAGAUUUCAUGAAUGGGAAUUUGCUAAGAAUUAUGAGCAGUUCAGAAUUAGAAAAACAUGUGGAGGAAAGGCAGCUAUAAGGGUACUGCACCCUGGAGAGUUGCACACAUGUGGAAAUGUAAUCCGGGCUUACCUGAUCGGGUUGGAGUGGAUGUUACUUCUGGGUCUGUUCUCACUUGGAACCAGUGAGUGAGGCUGCCAGCCUCACAGACACAAUCGGUCCUACUCCCCCGACGUCAGGAACUUCUCUGGAGUGGCCGAGUCAUAUCACAGAAGGUAGCCACCAUUUCACUGAAACAAAAGGUCACAGCAUCGGAUUCUUUUUUCCUUUAACUGUUUAUAUGCUCGGUACUCUCAGUAAUAUCCAGUACGACUUCUUUUUAUUAAUAGUUACAGGCUUGUUGGUCCAGUGGGAUUUGGUGAUGGUGGUGGUGGGGUGGGGAGGGGAUAUACCUUCUAAAAUGGAUCAAUAGUCAGAACCAAAAUAAUACUGCAUGUUCUAUAACCACAAGCAAAUCAAAUGAUCCUGUAAUGAUUCCAGUUAGUCAUAACUACAUUAGCAGCGCUAACAUCAUUUUAGAAAUGGUGACUUCUGUGGUUUUUCUAGCCUUUGUCUCUAACAAAUGAUGAAAUAAUUACUCAUGGCCCUCUCUGCCACUGUCUUUCGUUUUUUCACAGUGAAAUUAGACCCCUUUACUUCACCAUCAUGCCACUACAAAUUAAGUAGAGAAAAACAUUAGCAAGACUAUCCACGCCAGUAGACAGUGUGCUUCUCUACCUGUAAGUGAUGUGAUUGUGGGUAAUGCUUGCCACGGAGUUUUCAAGGAGAUGGUUGGUAUCAGACAGUUUUCGUCUUGUCCAAAACAUGCUGGUGGCCUUUUGUGGUGGUGUUACAACCCUCUGGGGGCUUGGAGGAUGUCAAUGCAACUUUAUAGCAGCUUUCAAUUUCAAAAACAAUUCAAAAGUCUGAAGGGCAGCCUUAGCUGCCUCUCAGCUCCAUUUAGUCAACCCCCAGCGACCUUUGCCCCUGGUUGCCAAGGGCUUUGCAACGUGAAGCAGGGAAGUAAGGAUCUGUCUGUUUAGUGGAUACCGUGUAUCCUUUAAUAGACCAGGUAACAGUUGGUGUUAGUUUAGACUAUUGUUUUGUACUGUACUUUCUUGGGUGGCAGAGGAAAGAAAAGUAAAACAUUAAAAAAAAAAAUGCGUUCUUUAAAUUCUGUAUUAGCAACCUCUGUUGUAUAUAGUGUUUGAUAAUAAAGUAUUAAUUUGAUUCUUAUGUCUUUUGUAAGUGAGAACAAUAGUCUUUCAGGAUACAAAACAUGCAUUGAGGCUUUGAAACAUCCAAUGUAUACUUGCUUGAGAAGAGUCACAAAUGGCUGAGACACUGUUCCAUACAGGACUCACAUGUGGUCAUCGCCCUCCCAAUCUUAAGACUCCACCAUCUUGGGACCUGGAACAACAUGACUUUUUGAUCAAUAUUUUGUCCUCAAUGUUUUCAAGGUCUGAUGUUGGAGCCCUAUGGUGUCCCUACCUCCCCCUGCCCCCAGCAUGUUGGUUUGAAAAGGUUUAGGAAAUUUAGAAACGGUUCUGUGCUUCGGUUUGUUUUUCUGUGUGUGAUGUUUUUCACACAGAUUCAUUUUUCCCAGGAAGCGUCUUGCCGGUAUCACGCAGCCCCCGCGUGGGAACGAUUGCAAACGGUUCGUUGAGGCAGGUUACAUGGGGGCUGCUUCCCUCUGUGUCACUGUGAAAGGAAGAGUCACCCAGUACCUGUGGACUUCCAGGGACUUUGUUUUUCUCUAGUGCUUUGGCAACAGCAGCGUCCAUUUUUAUUAGUUUCCCCCAAAUUAGUAAAACAGUUUAAGCUCCUCUCCUCCAUUCAUUGCUCCACAGAACCGUGGUCACGAGUUUUGCUUUUGAAAAACCACCUCCACCAACACCCGUUUGCCUACAGCCCCCUUUUAUUUCUUGUGUUUAUUAUUAUUAUUAUUUUUUGUCUCUCGCCUUCCUCCCACAUUUUAUUUUCCCCCAGAGCCGUGAAUGGGCAGGUCUGUCUCUGGUUUGGCAUCACUGAGUUUUUCCCAGGCGUUUGCCCCAGAGCUGCUCGGAUGUGAGACAAAUCUCCCUACAAUGGGCUUGCUCCCGUUGUCUGUACAGUUUAAUAGAUGCUGGCAUGUUGGAGGUUACCCAUGAGUCAAAAUCCGCUUUCCAUGCUUACUCCUGACACCCCAUUGAAGCCACUCAUUGUGUGUGCGUCUGGGUGUGAAGUCCAGCUCCGUGUGGUCCUGUGCUUGUGCUGCCCUGCUUUGCAGUCCCUUCGCACUUACUCAUCGAGUGCUGUUUUGAAAUGCUGACAUUAUAUAAACGUAAAAAAUGUAAAAACAAACAAACAAAAAACAAAAACCCACACACAAACAAAACCAUACAAUCUGUAUUUGUAUAUACACGUGUCCGUACAAGUAUACCUAAAUAAAAAUUAAAGAUUUUCAUCGUUUUAA